AAUGUUCCACAUGUUCAACUGAGCAAAAAACAAGUUUAUUCAUCUUUAUUUUAUUUACUUCGAGGCCUGAGAGAAGCCUCCAGAGCAAGCAGAAAAGUCGUUUCCAUGGUGACCAUCAGCUGUUCUGCUCUACGCCAUGAAACCCUCUGAACUUUAACAACAGCAGCUCCGUUUCAGGAAAUUCAUCAAGCCUGAACUGCUGGUCUCCAGCAGGUAAAGGUCUGGUUUGAAGAACCCUCUGGAGGUCUGAGACAUAAACCAGCAGAAGUUCAUCCUGAUGCAGCAACGUUUCUCUGACGCUCAAACUUUGGUUCACGGUCGCAUUACAAAUCAUCAGAAAGUUUAAGUCUAGGAGUGAAGAAGCUCUAAAUGCAAAUGAUCUCCGGGCCGGGCCGCAGGACGCCACUGGUUGGACGUUCAGCUGAACAGCAGCCAAUCGCGGAGCUCCGGCGGCUCGCAGGAGCUGCCUUUGCUGUUUAAUGGUUACAGGGCCUCCUUAAAAUGUUUCCCCCCUCGUCCAGCAGAGCAGAGAGCUGAGAAGUGCAGCCCCCCCACAGGAGACACCUUCACAGGAAGAACAGAAACCUCCGAGAUGUUCGCCGCCGGUCGAGCGCCCCUCAUCCACACUGGACUCCUGCUAGCCGUCGUCUUAUUACCAGAGUUUCUGGGUGCAGUUCCUGUGCAGCAGAAGCAGGAUGAAGCAGCAUCGGCGUCUGAAUCCACGGCCGUCCUGAAGCAGCUGAUUCGCAGCAGACGGAACGUGCCGGUGGUCCCGGUGGUCCCGGUGCCGCAGUUCCAGCGCGUGCCGGACUUCUGGGGGUGGUACAAGUACUUCAUGGACACCCACAACCAGGAGGGGGUGGAGGACCUGGACCGUCUGUACAUGGCUUACCUGCAGAACAAGCACAGGUCAGAGGAGGGCCCCACCUUCAACCACUACCUCAAACACCUCAGUGAGAUCUACAAGGCCUGUGCGGACUCUGACGACCCGGAGUGCAUCGCCGAGUCCACCAGCAAGCCCAAAGCGGCCGUGGUGAUGCCCGCCCCCAUCAAGUCAGCUGCCGUCAAGAUGUGCAACCCCUACCUUGACCCCUACUGCCUCUACUCCGUCGCUGCAAAAGGUGCAGCUCCGGCUCCGGCUCCGGCCAAGGUGCCGGCUCCCAUCCUGAGCCCGGUGCUGCCACUGCCGCUGAAAAGCCCCAGCGGAUACUACUACUACGCCCCUGUCCUGGAGCCCUUCCUCAGUGCCGAGCAGAGGGCAGAACUGCUGAGGAUCUGCCACCCCGACGACGUGGAGUGCCUGCAGUACCACCUGCGGGCGGCUUACGGCUACCGGCCGGCCCUCGGUCCGGCUCCGUCCUACGCCGCCCUCAAAUGUGACCCCAAGGACCCCUACUGCAGGCCAGCCCUGGUCCAGAAGGCCCCAUCUGGCUACUACCACCUGCUGUACCCCAGCUGCGACCCCGCCGUGGAUCCUUUGUGCGUGGAUAAUGUUGGCCCCGCCCCUCUGGCUGCUGGGGAGGCUCCCAAGGAGCAGCACUGCAACCCCCUCUUCGACGGGGGCUGCAACCCCCUAACGGCCACCAGGGUGUCCGGCCUCACUAAACCCGUCCUGGAGUACGCGCCCCAGGAUGAGCCGGCGCCCCCUGCCGCCCCCCUGUCAUGUGACCCUCCUUACAAUCCGUACUGCAUACUGGCGGCCGCCGCUGCCCUGCGCCAGCCCCCCCCGCAGCUCCCCGAGCACCAGGUACGCUACCAGCUCGGCGUCCGCGGCAAGACCAAGGAGGGCCACGACUGCUACGUGCACUAUGACAAAGACUGCACCCCCGUCAAGUCUGGCUCCAGCGACCCGGCGCGACCCUUCUGCCACCCCUACGACCCCACCUGCUGGAAGUUCGCCCCACCCCCCGGUGUCGAGGCUCCAAAGCUCAGUAAGAACGGCGUCCUCCUCCCCCAUCCGGACUGCGACCCCGAGUUCGACUACAACUGCCGCCUGCGUCUCGCCGAGCCCGCCGCCUCUGCAGACGAGCCCAUCGCAGAGGACAAGAUGGCGGACGAAGCCCCAAAGGAGGUCUCGGCUCCUCGCUUUGAAGACUUCCUGAGAGGAGUCCUGAAGCAGAACAAAUGAACGCCAGCGAGCGCCUCCUCUGGACUUCCUCCUCUGGACUUCCUCCUCUGGACUUCCUCCCUCAGACGCUCCGACACAUCUGAACAGGAAGCAGCUCCUCCAUCCAAAAUCUGCUUCCUCUAAUAUGAAUCUACGCUUUCUCAGAAUUAAACUUGACCUAGCAAUGUCUGCAACCAGAUCAUGUGACCCGUGAGCACGAAAUCCUCCAUGUUUGAUUGUUUGCUGUGUGAAUAGAUGUGUCGUUUUGGCAAACCGGUUGUGGUUUUUGUACAUUCUUCCUCUCCAGUGUGUAUUUAAUGUGGUUUUCUACUGUUUCUGUGACACUAAUCACCUUCACACCUCAUCCUUGUAGUUUUGACAAAGUUCUAAAUAAAAAGAAGAAUCUGUUGAGUUUCA